AUGGCGUUGCAAUCCGGUAUAUUAUUAUUUGCUGCCAUACAAGCUGUGGUCAACUAUUCAGGCGUGUUGUCGAGUCCGCACGAAGAAAACUUACAAACUGAAGUUUUCAACGGUUAUAACAAAGACAUUCGACCUGUCAACGUAGUAACUGACACGAUGGUGUUGUCGUUUUCACUUUACAUACUGCAGAUCCUGGAUAUAGAGUGGAGAGAUGAAAAACUUCACUGGAAUCCCGCGGACCAUUCAAAUAUUAAUCAAAUUGUGAUUCCUGUUAAGGAUUUAUGGACACCAAACAUUAUGCUGGACAACAGUGCCAAUGGUGAGUACGAGAUACCUAAGAUUGCAACAGCUGUGCUCAGUCACGAUGGAAACGUUACCUACAGCGUUCCUGUCAUCUUUGUAACUCCGUGCAUCUUGGAUAUACGCUAUUUCCCAUUCGACAGUCAACAGUGCCAAUUGAAAUUCGGUCCCUGGGAUCGUACGAGGCAAGAGAUCGUGAUGAACCUAAAGCAUGACGCCAUUGAUAAUACGAAGUACAUUAAUAACAGUGAAUGGGACUGGGUCAAGUCAACAGCUAUAAUAACCGAUGACAACGUAGACGGCGACGGUUAUAGCUUGGUCACCUAUACUAUCUUUGUUGAAAGGCGGCCGCUCUACUAUGUUAUCAACAUCUUGUUACCGUCCAUCGCCAUGGCAUUAUUGUCAGCACUUGUCUUGUGCUUACCACCGGAAUCUGGUGAAAAGAUGUCAUUCGGAGUGUCUAUACUCGUUGCCACGUCUGUGUUUGGCGUACUUGUUUCUGAUAUCACCCCGGCCACUUCUGACCAUGUCCCGUUAUUGAUUCAGUUUUUGAUGUUUAACUUGUUUCUCGUGACAGUGUCUAUUUGCGUCAGUGUAGCUGUAUUACAAGUAUACCACCGGUCAUCUUACAAUCUAAAAAUGCCAUCCUCAAUUAGGUUGAUCUUCAUGAAAAUAUUGCCCAAGGCAUUGUUUAUGAAACCCUUUGCCUUGACAUGGGAUACUCACAAAGUGCACGUGGAACCCAGGAAGGAUCGUCCUAGCAAUACAGCGUGGACAUUGGAAGAUAUAUCUAGGAAUGAGCAUACCAACAACCAAUCCAUACCAACUUCUGAACUCCAAAGGCAUGACGGGAUACAUAAAAGUGUAACAUUACUUCAGGAAAUCCUGGACGAGCUGCGCCACUUUCGAACAAGCGUGAAGGCAGAAAAUGUUGAAUCAGAGAUGCUAGCAGAGUGGAGAUACGUAGCAAAAGUCGUGGACCGCCUUUUCUUCGUAAUGGCAGUAUUUUCGUAUCUAAUUGGAGCCAUAGUAAUAUUCUCAGACCGGUCAACUGAUGAAGUUUGA